UUGUUAAAAAAACAAUUUUUUUUAGACAUAUUGUUGUCUGUAUAUAUAUGCUUAGCUAGGUGCAGAGACAUAUACUUUCCCCGCGCAAGUGCAGAGACAUAUACUUUCCUUUCGCGGCAUUGUUCUCUUCAACUCGCCACCAUGACAGACGGUCAUCUCUUCAACAAUAUUACCCUCGGCGGCCGCGGUGGCACGAAUCCGGGGCAGAUAAAAAUAUAUUCUGGUGGGAUUGUAUGGAAGAGACAAGGAGGUGGUAAAUCGAUUGAUGUUGAUAAGUCGGAUAUAAUGGGUGUGACAUGGAUGAAGGUUCCAAAGACUAAUCAACUUGGUGUUCAGAUUAAAGAUGGGCUGUUCUACAAAUUCACUGGUUUUCGUGAUCAGGAUGUUGUAAGCUUGGCCAAUUAUUUCCAAAACACCUUUGGCAUAACUGUUGAGGAGAAGCAACUUUCUGUUACUGGGCGCAAUUGGGGAGAAGUUGACCUAAAUGGAAAUAUGCUGGCUUUCAUGGUUGGUUCAAAGCAAGCUUUUGAGGUGUCUUUAGCAGAUGUCUCUCAAACAAACCUUCAAGGAAAAAAUGAUGUGAUAUUGGAGUUUCAUGUGGAUGACACAACUGGAGCAAAUGAGAAAGAUUCUUUGAUGGAGAUGAGUUUCCACAUACCAAGUUCCAACACCCAGUUUGUUGGUGAUGAAAAUCACCCUUCUGCUCAGGUUUUCCGUGAUAGAAUAAUGUCUAUGGCUGAUGUUGGUGCUGGAGGAGAAGAUGCCGUUGUUACGUUUGAUGGUAUUGCAAUCCUUACACCAAGAGGACGAUACAGUGUUGAGUUACACCUGUCAUUCUUGCGACUUCAAGGACAGGCUAACGAUUUCAAAAUCCAGUACAGCAGUGUGGUUCGCCUAUUUUUACUUCCUAAGUCUAAUCAGCCGCAUACCUUUGUCAUUAUUAGUCUUGAUCCCCCUAUUCGGAAGGGACAAACUUUGUACCCUCACAUAGUGAUGCAGUUUGAAACUGAUACUGUGGUCGAUAGUGAAUUGGCAAUAAGUGAAGAUCUUUAUAACUCAAAAUACAAAGACAAGUUGGAGCUGUCUUACAAGGGGCUUAUCCAUGAAGUAUUCACCACAGUAUUACGUGGUUUGUCUGGGGGCAAAGUUACUAAGCCUGGAAAAUUUAGGAGUUGUCAAGAUGGUUAUGCAGUGAAAUCAUCUUUGAAAGCUGAAGAUGGAAUUCUGUAUCCCCUUGAGAAGAGCUUCUUCUUUCUACCUAAACCUCCCACUCUUAUUCUUCAUGAAGAGAUUGACUAUGUGGAAUUUGAGAGACAUGCUGCUGGUGGUUCAAACAUGCAUUAUUUUGACCUUCUUAUCAGACUAAAAUCUGAGCAAGAGCAUCUCUUCCGUAAUAUUCAGAGAAAUGAGUACCACAAUUUGUAUGGUUUUAUAAGUUCGAAGGGCUUGAAAAUUAUGAAUUUAGCUGAUGCCCAACCAGCUGUUGGUGGUGUGGCUAAGGUUCUUGAGAAUGAUGACGAUGAUGCUGUUGAUCCACAUCUUGAGCGCAUCAGAAAUGAAGCUGGUGGAGAUGAAAGUGACGAGGAGGAUUCAGAUUUUGUUAUCGACAAGGAUGAUGGAGGUUCUCCUACUGAUGAUUCUGGUGCAGAUGACUCUGAUGCCAGCCAAAGUGGUGGUGAGACGGAGAAGCCUGCCAAGAAGGAACCAAAGAAGGACUUGUCUUCUAAGGCGUCUAGUUCUAAGAAGAGAUCAAAAGAUGCUGAUGUUGAUGGAGUAAAGAAGAAACAGAAGAAGAAAAAGGACCCAAAUGCACCUAAGAGGGCACUGUCUGGUUUCAUGUUCUUUUCUCAAAUGGAAAGAGAGAAUCUAAAGAAAACUAAUCCUGGAAUUUCAUUUACGGAUGUGGGAAGAGUACUCGGAGAGAAAUGGAAAAACCUGUCAGCGGAGGAGAAGGAACCUUACGAGGCAAAAGCCCAAGCGGAUAAAAAGCGUUACAAGGAUGAGAUUAGUGGCUACAAGAAUCCUCAACCUUUGAAUAUUGAUUCUGGAAAUGAGUCUGACAGUGCCUAAGGCUGGCUUAAUAUUGACAGCAAUCCCUACUGCUUGACUGCAGUUUCAUAGUUAUACUUUGUUGUAAUGGUAAAAAGACAAUUUUAUGGCAAAUCUGUUGUAAAUGAUUUGGCUGAGUGUUUAUGUCUCCGGAUUCCAACGGCUGUUUAUGUGCUUAAUAUAGUUAAAGAUCUGUAUUUGUAA